GCCCGGGCUGAGGCCUCACAGAAGCAGGGGAAAGGUUAAGGAGAACAAUGCCGGCCGCUGCAGCAGGACGAGCGAGGCUGACUGCGUCGCCCGCUGCUGGAAGCCAGCUGUAGUCAUCAGGCACACCCGCUCCAUUGCUCAUGACACGUGAGCACCUAAGUCCACCCCAGGCAGGGCCACGGAUGCAGGCGGAGUCACGAGAGGGACGCAGGUGGACACACAAGCCCGCCGGGAGGGGCCAGGCCAGGCCCGGCGCCUACUACACGUCCCGGAACUGGGCGCGGCCGCCGGAAGCCGGGCUCGGGGACAGCUGCACGCACUUGCCAGUGAGCGUUCGAGUCCCGCCCACCGGCGGUGACGCCAGCGGCGGUCUGCAUACUUAAGGCGUCGUGGCCUGGCCUGCCCCGCCUUAGCUCCCGCGCUAGAGAGAAACAUGUGUCGUUUCCGAUCACAGCUCUUAACGGGGAUUUCUGCGGCCGCCACUACCCACUUUUACCCCCGCCGCUGCUCGCCUCUGUUGUUAGCCGAAGACUCGCCUUUUAGCCGCCCGCCGCACAGACGCACGAGUAAAAAGUGCAGCUCCAUCGGCUGAUCCUCGCUAAGCUCCGAGUUUAGGCGGCCCCGGGCGUCCCACGAUGCCGAAGAAUAAGAAGCGGAACACGCCCCACCGCGGUGGCAGUGGUGGUGGCGGCGCAGUGGCAGCUGCGGCGACGGCAGGUGGCCAGCAUCGAAAUGUUCAGCCCUUUAGUGAUGAGGAUGCAUCGAUUGAAACAAUGAGCCAUUGCAGUGGCUACAGUGAUCCUUCCAGUUUUGCUGAAGAUGGACCAGAAGUCCUUGAUGAAGAAGGAACUCAGGAAGACAUAGAGUACAAGUUGAAGGGAUUCAUUGACCUGACCAUGGAUAAGAGUGCGAAGACAAGGCAGGCAGCUCUUGAAGGUAUUAAAAAUGCACUGGUUUCAAAAAUGCUUUAUGAAUUUAUUCUGGAAAGAAGAAUGACUUUAACUGAUAGCAUUGAACGCUGCCUGAAAAAAGGUAAGAGUGAUGAGCAGCGAGCAGCUGCGGCAUUGGCAUCUGUGCUCUGUGUUCAGCUGGGGCCUGGCAUUGAAAGUGAAGAGGUUUUCAAAACUCUCGGACCAGUCCUAAAGAAGAUAAUUUGUGAUGGAACAGCUAGUGUCCAGGCUAGACAAACUUGUGCAACUUGCUUUGGUGUUUGCUGUUUUAUUGCCACAGAUGACAUUACAGAGCUGUUUUCAACUCUGGAAUAUUUGGAAAAUAUCUUCACCAAGUCCUAUCUCAAAGAGAAAGACACUAAUGUUAUUUGCAGCACCACUAAUACGGUGCUUCAUAUCCACUCCCUUCUUGCAUGGACAUUAUUACUGACCAUAUGCCCAAUCAGUGAAGUGAAGAAAAAGCUUGAGAUGCAUUUCCAUAAACUUCCAAGCCUCCUUUCUUCUGAUGAUGUAAACAUGAGAAUAGCUGCUGGUGAAUCUUUGGCGCUCCUAUUUGAACUCGCCAGAGGAAUGGAGAGUGACUUCUUUUAUGAAGACAUGGAGUCUUUGACUCAGAUGCUUAGGGCUUUGGCUACAGAUGGAAAUAAACACCGUGCCAAAGUGGACAAGAGAAAGCAGCGGUCAGUGUUCAGAGACAUCCUGAGGGCCAUGGAGGAACGGGAUUUUCCAACGGAAACUGUUAAAUUUGGUCCUGAACGUAUGUAUAUUGACUGCUGGGUCAAAAAACAUACCUAUGACACCUUUAAGGAGGUUCUUGGAUCAGGGAUGCAGUACCACUUACAGUCAAAUGAAUUCCUUCGCAAUGUCUUUGAACUUGGCCCCCCAGUCAUGCUUGAUGCUGCAACGCUUAAAACAAUGAAGAUUUCUCGUUUUGAAAGGCAUUUAUAUAAUUCUGCAGCCUUCAAGGCUCGAACAAAAGCUCGAAGCAAAUGUCGAGAUAAGAGAGCAGAUGUUGGAGAAUUCUUCUAGAUUUUUAACACUUGAAGAUCACUUUCUAAUUUCCUUUUUUGUGUGUGUGAUUUCUAAUGUAUUUAAAUUCUAGACAGUUAUUAUCUUGGGUUAACAUAGAGCUACCUUUUGUAGUUGGGGUUAUAUUAUAAUUUAAUGUACAGUAUUGUGAAUGGUGAGUUCUGAUUAUUGAAUAUUCUUUGUAAAUAUCAGUAAACAUGAAUAAAGUGUAUAUAAUACUUGGUCAGUUUCUCUAUGAAGAGGGCAAAAGAUGCAGAAUUUCACUUACGGUUAAAUUUCUUAUGCUGUGGCUGACAAAUACUGAUAUAUGCAAGGCAUUUAACUCAAGAUCUUAGACAAAUGAGUUUUAGAUACAAUUUUGGGGAGUUCUUCUGGAAAGCUGCUCUAUUUUCUUUUUAAAUGGAGCCUUAUAAUUUAAAUUUUGUCACUGGGAUCGACAAAGGGAAUUACACCAUGUGACCUUAAAGCUGCACUUAAAGGCUCUUCAGUCCAGCUACUGGGAGUUGAUGAUGAAUUAGCAUACACCACAAGGGUUGCUAACCUUGACCUCUGAGGGCAGUAACACUAAUUUUAUUUGCAUGUAAGACCUUGUGCUUUUCAUUUGAAAUAAAGAUCUUUUCACACUAAAA